AUGUCUUCGGGACUCACUUACCUCAUCACCGGCGCCAACCGUGGCAUCGGCAAGGGCUUCACCAACCUUCUCCUCCAGCGCCCCUCAACAACAAUCGUCGUCGGCGUCCGCGACCCAGCCGCCUCAGCCUCCAAGGCCCUCUACGACCUCCCCAAGGCCGAGGGCUCCAAGAUCAUCGUCGUGAAGAUCGACUCCUCUGUCGAGUCCGACCCGGCCGCCGCCGUGGCGACCAUCCAAAAGGAGCACGGCAUCACCGCCCUGGACGUCGUCAUCGCCAACGCGGGAAUCUCCCACACCUCGGUCGACAUCGCCGCCACCUCCACCCAAGCCGCCCUGGACCACUUCGCCGUCAACUCCGUCGCGCCUCUCGUUCUCUUUGGCGCCGCGAAGCCCCUGCUCCAGGAGAGCAAGUCCAAGAACCCCAUCUUUGUCGCAAUCUCCUCCGCCAUUGGCAGCAACGGCCUCGCCGAGACAAUCUUCCAGAUCCCGAGCCCCGUGAGCCCCUACGGCGCUUCCAAGGCCGCGCUCAACUGGUUCGUCCGCAGACUGCACUUUGAGGAGCCGUGGUUGACCGCCUUUGUGUUCCACCCCGGCCUGGUCGAGACGGAUAUGGCGGCUGGCCUGGCCGCCAAGACCGGCGCCGACCUCAGUGCUUUCGGUGCUAUUUCUGUUAAGAAGAGCGUGGAUGAUAUGGUGGCUACCAUCGACAAGGCCACCAGAGAGAUUAGCGGCUCGUUCAAGAACCACGAUGGCACUGACCUGCCUUGGUAA